AUGGCAGCCGAACAAUUGAUCAAAGACAGUUCUUCACUUUCAAGCUAUGAUGCUUAUUUUGAGAAGAUCCAGUCAAGGAAGAAAUUACCACGACCUCUGCAAGAGAUUUUAACAAAUGCAUUUUCAGAUAUUCCAGUUUCAUCAUUCCCACAAGUUCCCCGUGGUAAAGUGAUUGAAAUCUCAGCAGACACUUCCGUUGCUGAUGCUGUAAAGAUUUUAUCUGAAUGCAACAUUUUUUCGGCUCCUGUGAGAAACCUUGACAAAGGAAAUAGUUCAGAUUGGAGAGAUAGGUACCUAGGGAUCAUAGAUUACUCUGCCAUUGUUCUGUGGGUCUUGGAGAGUGCAGAAGUUGCUGCCGUUGCCCUAUCAGCUAGUUCAGCAACAGCCGCUGGAGUUGGUGCAGGCGCAGUUGGCGCUCUUGGGGCACUAGCAUUGGGUGCGACAGGGCCUGCUGCAGUGGUGGGGCUAACAGCUGCUGCAGUUGGUGCUGCUGUGGCUGGUGGUGUUGCAGCAGAUAAAAGGAUGGGAAAAGAUGCUCCCACAGCUGCUGACAAAUUGGGCGAGGAUUUUUACAAAGUUUUUUUGCAAGAUGAACCCUUCAAGUCAACCACAGUGAGUUCAAUAAUCAAAUCAUUCCGUUGGGCUCCUUUCAUUCCAGUUUCAACAGAUAGUUCUAUGUUGACUGUCCUACUGCUACUCUCCAAGUAUAGGAUGAGGAAUGUACCUGUAAUUGAAAUAGGCAAGCCGGAGAUAAAGAACUUCAUUACUCAAUCCGCAGUCGUUCAGGGUCUUGAGGGUUGUGCAGGAAGGGACUGGUUUGACAGCAUUGCUGCACAGCCUAUAUCUGAUUUUGGACUUCCUUUCAUGUCUUCUGCAGAGGUUGUAAGCAUCCAGGGCAGUGAGUUGAUUCUACAGGCUUUCAAGAGAAUGAAAGAGAAGCAAAUUGGUGGUCUUCCAGUGGUAGGACCAAAGAAGAAGAUAGUGGGAAACAUAAGCAUGAGAGACAUCCGAUACUUACUGCUGAAAUAUGAGCUUUUCUCAAAUUUUAGGAAGCUGACUGUGAUGGAUUUCGUGCACAUCAUUGCCUCCCAAGAAGCCGGCAAAGUCGUCCCUCCAAUUACAUGCAAACCCAAUUCAACUCUGGGCAGUGUGAUCCACAAACUUGCUUCAAGAUCAGUCCACAGGAUUUAUGUGGUAGCUGGAGAGGAGGAUGAAGUUGUUGGCGUCAUUACACUUAGAGAUGUGAUUUCUUGCUUCAUUUAUGAACCACCCAACCACUUUGAUAACUACUUUGGGUUUGUGGUGAAGGAAAUGCUAGAGUAGUGAUGCUUCAGGUGCGGAAAUCCUUUCAAAUUUAUGGAAGUGGAGAUAUGUAACAAAAUCUGGUUUAGGACCAGAGAACAACAACUUAAAUACCAUGUAUGUACUUUUCAUAUUUAUCCUCUAAAGCUAAAGCAAGGGUGCAUCUUUUUUUGGGCAA